GUCAUGUGAUAUCAAAAUGGUGAAUGAGGUGUAAACAUGGUGAAAGUGUACAAGUGCCACAACUUCAAGUCUCAGAAUGUCAUACAAGUUGACAACGAACCAGUUGCUUUAUUUGCACACCAGGAUAAGUUGUUUGUUGCAACCCAAAAUUGCUGUGUCUUUAUUUAUAAGUUUUUAGCUAACCAAAAACAUCAGAAAACGAAUGCUUUUGCAACGGAAGCUAGAGCUCAACAACUGUUGUUUAAUAACACAGGAAAUUAUGUGGCAACGUUGGAAGUCAAAUACUCUAGAAGACAAACAUUUUAUGCAGUAAAAGUAUACCUAAACUGGCAGCUUGCAACAGAUGCAAAUAGCACCAGAUCUUGUGUGAGGUUGGCCAAUCAUGAUCACAGUUUGAAACUUAGUAGUUUAGCUGACGACCAACUUCAGGUCAUUGAUAUUCCAUGUUCUAAAGAGGUAACAUGCAUCUCAUCCUGUCAAAAAACUGGUAACUUAGUGAUAGUACAGAGAGAAAAGACAACAUUUUAUCAGGUUGUAGAAAAGUCUUUUUCAAACUCGGAAAAAACGUACGUGGAUGUUGUUGUAUUUUUGGAGUUAGACUGGAGCUUUGUAGUGAAAAGUAUUUCUUUUUGUGAAAACUAUGUUGCAGUUGCUUCUGAAGAAGAAGCACAGGUAGUUCGUCUUUUGUAUGCUGAAACAAACAAACAGACAGAAGAUACUGACAUAUUGAAGCAAUUUCCAAGUGUAACCAGACGGAGAGUGUCAUCUGUUUUAAGUAAACUUUCUAUAGGCACUGAUAAAGACAGACAUCCUGAUUCGUUCCAAAGUCAUACUUCAAAGCAUGGACUUCUUGGUUCUUCUAGAAGUUCUAUAAAUGCCAGUCCAGCUUUAUCAGCAUCUUCCCUGAAUAAAUUUGGAUUUGAUGCUUUCAAUAAAAUUGACGAUGAUGAAAAUUUUGUGACUUGGAAUUUUGAUGAAACUGACGAAAAAGUUGACUUUGAUGGGGGUUCAUUUCUUGGAAGGAGAGGUGUGAAAAAAAGGCAAUCUAAAACAGUUGUUCUAAAAACACUACAAGAAAUUGCCCAGAGGGAUUUGUUGCUAGCUGACAUUCCAAAGCAUGAGGAUCUUCGAGGGGGAGGUCACUCAACUCUUGGGGACCUUACUGUGGCCACUGUCCUGUACAAGAGAAGUUCCUCCACUACAGAUUCCUGGAAAUUUAUUCAACUCCAACCAACAUACCUAUCUGACAAUGUGAGGCCAGCAGUGAGUGACUGGUACAGAGAGAUCCCUGUUCAGUCCUCAGUGUAUAGCAGUCUGAUCGGCAUGUCCUGUCUCCUCAGCAGCUCCAGGGUAGGGACCAUGUAUAACCUGUGGGCCAAGAUCUCCGACAUCUCCCACUACAAGUACACAUCGGAUGCACAUCAGCUGAUUACAGAUGGGAACCUGUUGUACAUAAUGAAUGAGAAAGGACUAGAGAUUUACUCUAGCAGAUGUAAUGCUGCAGCCAUUCACAACUCAGAGGACUGGAACGGUAUAACUAAGGCUUACCCAUCAGCUAACCUAGAAAUCUGUUUGCUUGGUGCUCAUCCAUUUAUUGGUGCCACUCAAAUCACUCUGGCAGACAAUGCCGUCAUCUUGUUAUCAAAAGUGGAAACAUCCAGCCACCAGAAUGAUGAGAGUAUAUGGAGUCUUUAUGCAUUAGAGAAAUGUACAGUUUCUGAACUUUUCAAAGAUAUGGUUAACUAUGGGACCAGAAAUACAAAUUCUGCUGCUCAUUUACAUAUGUUGCAAGAAAGUCACAUGAUAAUCAGGAAUGCCCUCAUUGGUCAGCAUACAAAGGAUGAGCACCUGCUUGACUUAUACAGAGAGUCUUGUGGUCUUUUGGGAGAAUAUUAUUCAAAGCCUGAUGCAGAGAACUUUAAGAUGUGUCUGCCCUACUACCUAAUGUCUGGACUCUCCAUCAGUGACAUUGUCCACCAAGCUAUUAUCUACAAACAACAGUCAAAAAAGACUACUCCAUACUGUUAUGGCAAAGGAUUCAGCUAUUUCCUAAAUUAUGUUUUAUUUCAAGAUGAGGAAGCUUUUAAUAUUCUUGAGGUGGAUGGGGAUCAGAUCCUUGAGGUUUCUGAGGAGGUAAUUCCAGACCGGAUAUCUGAGGUCAUCCUGUUCUCUCGCCUCCAGACGUACACCCGAGAGGUAGCCCUCAAAAUCCUGCAGACACAGAUGAAGCACAGAACUUCUAUUGACGAAAAGCACAGCCCGGUAGACAUGGUGGCUUUGGCUUGCUUACAUCUGAAGCUGUGUGACCCCGAGCCUGCACAUGUAGCAUUGGCCUCCAUACCACAAAGGGAGCUAACCAAAAUCUGCAUCUGUCACCAUCGGCUCUUACAUCAGGACUUCACAGAGUUAUCUCCCUUGUCUCAGUUGAUGAGAUGCCACUGUCCUCAAGUGUUGAUAACAUCUAUGGUGGCUCUACAUGACACAGGAAUGAUAUCACUGGACUUGGCUAUCAGACUAUUGCAGGAAGUCAAAAUGGGAAAGCAGGAGGAAGACACAAGAUUCAGGAAUAAUCACAUCAAAGAAUAUUUGGAAAAAAUAUUAGAAGAUAAUCAGAGAAAAUAUGCUUUUGAAGAUGCAGCAAUUUUGUUAUGUGAGAUGUAUGUGAAAAGAAUAAUUCAUGAGAUAUAUCCUACUGAAAAGCAAAGGUUGAGUGCUUCAUCACAGUGUAAAACCACGGGAUACUUUGGAUCCCGAUUCUCUUGGUUGGAUGAUUUACCUCCCUUUAAAGGAGUGUUCUCCGUUAGACAGCCCUGCCUGUAUCUUCGGUCCUCCAGUCCCACCACGGCGAGGAAGACCCACAUGGCAGCACCCACCCCAACGGUCAGCAAGCACGGCACCUGUUCUUGUGCCCUCUGUCAUGAGGAUCUUGUCAAACUACAGAGCAUGCUGUGUUCUCCUUGCUGUAGUGAGACAGUAGUGACCAAAGUUCUCUCCCUUCUUGAGACCUCUACAUCCAUACUAGGAUGGGAUGCUCUCUGGAUGCUUUGUAAAAUCAGGUCAAAGGUCACAGACACUUUCAAGGCCUUGGUUCAGAAGUACCCAGCUGUUAUUCUAAGCUACGGAACAUCUGUACUGGGAUCUGACCCAGGGCUGUGGAGUAACUAUCUAAAUGAAGUUGUACAGAUGAACAAAAUGCAGGCAGAAAGCCCAGAUGAGAAUGCUGAUAUCUAUUUUAAAUCAUUUCAAGGAAUACUAAAACACCUGACAGAUGUGUUGGAGUUGAAAGACUUUCUACAAAUUUUACCUGACGAAGGGAACAUGCUGUUCUUUCUACCCUACAUAACAGAGUGUCAAGAAAAGGAAAAAUCUAAACAACUGUUGAACAUAAUCAGGAAAAAGGGGGAACAUUUACAGCACUAUAUAUGAUGUUUGCUUAUGUAUGUAGUAAAAGUUCGUAAUCUGGAUAAAAGAAAAAAUCAUGGGCAACAAACUACAUAAUAUGCAUAACAAUGCUGUAAUUUUAUUUGUUUUCUAAAAUUUUAUGUAUUUAUUAAAAAUUUUGAAUAAAUUUUGUGCAAAUUUUACAAUGUGAUGUAAACUUCUCAAAAAAAAUAGAUCUGCAUCUUGCAUUAAAGAUAUCUUAACCAACAAUGUGCAAAAAAACCCCAAAACAUUGGGUAAGACUUUUUGAUUAAAUUACAGGAUCUAUACAUGUACAGCAGCAC